GGCGUCGGGAUGAGCGCGGCGGGGCUGCUGGUCCCGGCCCCGGCCCCGGUCCCGGCCCCGGCUCCGGUGCCGGCGUCUCUGCCCGUGUCGGUGCCCGUCCCGGUGCCGGUCCCGCUGCCCCUGGCGGCCCCGGCCAUGGCCCCCGCGCCCGCGCCCGCCCCCGCGCCCGCGCCGGCCCCGGAGGACUUCCCGGAGGAGGACGACGAGCUGGACAGCGCCGACGACGACGAUCGCAGCGGGCGGGCCCGGGACUCCGACGAAGGAGAGGGAAGGACGGGUGUCGGCCAGGUUGCGAGGGCGGGGCCGACGGGAUCCGGCGACCGGUCGGACGCGGGGGUCGAGGCCGAGGCCGAGGUGAGGGGCUCGGGAGGCGGGAAGGCCGGCGGCGCCGUCUACGGCGACGGGAGGUUCUUAGAGCGGCGCCUAGCCCGUAGUAAGCGCUUAACGAACUCCCCGAUCGUCGUCCCGAUCCCGUCCCCUCUCGCCGCAGAUUCGAUGGAGGUGAAGCCCAUCAUGACGAGGAAAUUGAGGAGACGACCCAACGACCCCGUCCCCAUCCCGGACAAGAGGAGGAAACCCGCCCCCGCCCAGCUGAACUACCUGCUCACCGACGAACAGAUCAUGGAGGAUCUGCGGACGUUAAAUAAGCUGAAGUCACCCAAGCGACCAGCCUCCCCGUCGUCUCCGGAGCACCUGCCCGCCCUGCCCGCCGAAGCCCCAGCCCAGCGCUUCGAGGCCCGGAUAGAAGACGGCAAACUCUACUACGAUAAGAGAUGGUACCACAAGAGCCAGGCCAUCUACCUGGAAUCCAAAGACAACACGAAGAUCAGCUGCGUCAUCAGCUCCGUGGGAGCCAACGAGAUCUGGGUGAGGAAGAGCAGCGACAGCACGAAGAUGAGGAUCUACCUGGGCCAGCUUCAGCGCGGGAUCUUCGUCAUCCGCCGACGCUCGGCGGCGUGACCUGAGGGCGCCGGGCCUCCCUCCACCCUUUUCUAAUCGUUUCUGCUUUAUUUUUGUCGGGGGGGGGGGCGGGGGGGAUUUUUUUAUGAUCGUUAUUUUCUUAAGGAACUGACCCUCCGAGAGUAGGUGUCCGUAAACGGUGUCACGGGGUUACCGGAUUCGGCCGGGCCCGGUUUCCGGUUGCGGUCCCCCACGGCUCCCUCCGGGCCCAUCCCUGGGCCGGGAUCCACCUUGGGGAGUGGGUGCGCGGGGAUUUUCCAGGGACCGGAAAACGUGGGCGGUUUGCCCGUCGUCAGAGAGCGGCCCGUCUUUUGUCGCCGCGAAGCGGGAGGGGCCCCCUCUAGGCUUUCUUCCGUCCUUUCAUUUCUGGAAGACGCUCGGUCACGGGGCGACGCCUCCCCUCAGUGAGCCGGCCACGCUCUCUCCCCCGCAAGGGGUCGGGCCGGAGGUCCGAGGGGAAGGAGACUAACGCGACCGGGGGCGGGGGAGCGGACGAGCGGCCAGAGAUCGGCUCGAGAUUCCAGGGGAAGCUGGGGAGGAAUCCCUCCCGUGCCAAAGUCGCCUUCCUCAUUUCCCCACCAAUAAGGACAGCCGACGGGUUCGGACCCUCCGGGUCAGGCUGCGGAAAUCGGGGGGGGUUCCUUUCCGCGCGGACUUCGGUUCCGCCGGAGGUCCAGGGUUUGCGGUCCGUCCCCUAAUCUGCCCGCGAGGCGAUUUCCCCGGCUCUCCGAAAGGAGAAGAGGUAUUUGCCAAAGGCUCGAUUAACCGCUUCCCGACCUGGGUAAUAAGACUCCGCUGGUUUUUCUAUCUCGGCCAUCACGUGGGCGCGCGGGUGGGUGUCUGCGGGGGUGAUUGCGUGGACGUAUCGUUCGUAUUCGGGCGUACACCCAGACUGCGUUCGCACGUGCGUAUACCUGUAAUCAACGUGACGUUCCUUCCUGCGCCGACCGGGCGUCGAGGCUCUCCGGGGCCGCCUCCGGAAAGUUCCGGCGGAGGCCGGGCGGAAGCGAAACAAACGGUCAAUUCUCGGCCUCCGGCAAAAGUGGAUCUGGGCAGUUAAUUCCCCCUCAACCCCCUCUCAGUUCUCCGCCCCUUUGGGGAACCGGAGAAAACUUGGGUGGUAGUCCCCCUCGACUCCGGCCCCUCCGCAGGAGUCCGUCCGGCCGUUCCUCCGACGAGCUCACGCUUGGUCCGCCCCCUCUCCGACCCGUUGUCACGAGGGGGUGGUUGACUUCGAGGCGCUCCCUCCUCUCUGGGUCUCGAGGGAAAACAAAAUGGGAGCGGGUGGCCGGACCACCUCAUUCUAGUCCCUGCUGGGGGAUUCCCAAGCCGAGACCUGUCCCCGCCCACCCCAGAGAAGGAGCUUCGAGGGUCAGGUCGGGAUUAAAAGCCACCUUUUCCGAUCUUCUGUGCGUGGCGUUUGCUGGGCCCCCCCGCUCUUAUUUUUUCCGGCUCCCGGAGAGGUUUUGACAAACAGAACCGCUUCUCUGCUCACCCUUUCCUCCUCCCUCUCCUCCUCUCCUUCCCCCCCAUCCCCACACAUUGCACGGCGGGGUGGUCAAGUGACGUUCCGGGGGCGUCCAGGCCACGCGGAGGGUUAACCGCCCAUUUGGAGGAUAUCGGCCGUUGGGGCCGGAGCGGGAGGAGCCUUUGGGCCGGCAGAGAGCGUCCGGCUCCGGAACAGUCUUUUGGCCACGAAGGGGGACGGACCGUCUCGACCAGGCAGUCGGCAGGUUCGGGGGAGCGGCGGAAGGGGGCGGAGGGUGGAGAGAGUGGAUUCCGUGGCGGGAAAGGACCCCGCAACGGGAGUUUGGCUCUACCUCACGCCCCCCGAUCUAGCCGUCUCCCGGCCCAUCCUUGGCUCGGAGCGGGGGCGGCGGGGGAAAAAUAAUCUCACCUCGCAAUUCUUGGCACGGGGCGGAAAUCUCCCACCACCAGCCGAUAGCUCCGCCGCAUUCGUAUCCUUGAAGGCCGCUACGGCGGGAGGGGUGUCGGGGUGCCCUUUUAGACCCACGAACCACCACCAAGUUAAUUUCUACCAGAGGUCUGUGGGUAGACUUGGCCUACGCACGACCCUCAGUCCCGCAGGAAGAAGCCCCUUCUCUCUACUAGCGGAAGAUACCUUUGCGGUGGUGGUCUUUUAAGAUAGGUUGAACACUCGUGUGUCUUCCUUGUUCCCGCUGAGCCGCCCCCAACUCCUCUUCAUAACAAGUUGGGUAUUUGACGAGCGCUUACUCUACGCCACCCGCCGUACUAAGCGCGGGGAAGAUGUGGUGCAACCAGAUCCGAUACCGGUCCCUGUCCCGGUCUAACCUGUUUGCAGAUGAGGAAACUGAGGCACAGAGAUGGGGAGCGACCGGCCCUAGGUCAUCCGGCGGGCAAGAGGCACAGCGGGAUUAGAACCGGCUGUCCCAGCCGCCGAGCCCGGGCUCUUUCCGCUGGGCCGCGCCGCCUCUCCGCUGCCGUAACCUGGAAGAGGGUAGAAUUUCGACCGUCGCACUCACCUGGGCGGUCCCUUGAUGAAAAUCCGAGGCUGGAUCUCUGUCCCACGGACCCUGGCUGACGUUCCAGGAGGUUAAAUUAUUUUUAAUCGAAAAGCCGGAACAGACCCAUCCGGGCCCCAAAGGUGCCGUUUUUGGCCGGCCGGGCUAGGGAUCGGAUGUACGGACAACUCCCUCGGCGGAGAGAGACCGUUUCAGAGUUGCAGCAAGGGUUCAGAGGCGGAAAGAGUCGCUAGGCUUUGGAAUUAGGAGAAGGACGGCACUUCCUUGUUUGGGAGAGGGGAGAGUUUUCCUCUUGAGGUCCAACCUGUUCCAAAUGUGAUUCCCGAGGUCUUUGCCGCACGCUUCCCGUGCGCAGAGCGCUCGGGAGAGGACGGUAUAGUCGGGAGCCACGAUCCCCGCCCUCAAGGAGCUUAACAGCAUCGGGCCUCCAAAAAUACCAAGAUGUUUGAUUACGGAGUCCAGCCGGGGUCUUUUCCCACCAGAAGCGUCCUCAUGGUCCACGCUAGUGCCGACGGCCAGCAGGUUUCUUAGCACGUGGGACCACGACCUCCGGCCUUCUGUUGAAUAUUGAAAGUGCUCGACACACGGACAUCCGGCUGUCGGCAGGGAGGGGUUCCUCAGAGACGGCUUGUCCGCGUGCUCCUUCUCGGUCCCGUUCCCCUGAAGUCCCAGUGCUUUUUUGGAGUUGCCUUCAGGCGGGCACGAUACUUGCGGGAGGUGGGCCGCAUUUCGAGCCCCACGGUUGGGGCCAAGUGCUGUUUCACUGGAGAGAUUUGGUCUGUGGUGGUUUUUGAUAUACUGCCUGUUCUCGCGCAGUUGCUCUACUUUUCUGCAUAACUCAGGCAACGUUAAAACAGUGGCGGGGCUAUUAUGCGAGUCGUAUAGCGACUAGGUCUAGUAAGGGGAGGAGGUGAAGAGGAGAGAGCCCCCGCUUUCGGCGCAGGGACCGAUCGUGACUGUCGACUGCCGUAGUCUCCCUAGUGUUUUGUAAGGUGCCCUGCCCGUACCGAGUGCUCGGUAAAGCCACUGGUUGAAAGGAGAACGAAAAGGAAGGCGUUUAAAACAGCGUCCCGUACUUUUAUUGUACUCCCCCGAGUCCCAUCUUCGAUGCUGUGUGUUGCACCCCCUCCGUGUCGUCUCAUCUUCACCGUUCCGUUCCUCUCCGCCAUGGUUGGGUGGGUGUCUAUCCCGGUUUACGACUAUUUGGCAUUUAAAAAAAAAAUCUUUAAUUUCCUUCUCAAAUUGGGUUGGGGCGAUGGUGCGAGUCGGCGUGGCCUGCGGAGCGUCGGGUUCGGUUGUGAAGGCGGCGGCCGAUUCCCUAUCCGAGAGGGAGGCCUGACAAGGUCGAGGAGGAUUUGGGCAGCCUCCGCGACUGGAACGAAGUUGGAAUUUAGCCAGGGAGAGAGAGAGAUCCCAUCCCCGGAGCUCGUUCUGUUCAAUAACUUCUUCCAGCUUGGAUUUUUCUGUUCAUCACUCUCUCCCUACCCCGAGGCGUUCUCCUCGGACUUUCUUGUCGGCCGGGAUUUUGGCGUCUCGGGAGAGGCGAGGCCCGUUGGUCUAGGACGGGCCGAGACUCGGGUCUCUCCGGAUUGGCGGGGUUGUCGAAAGUCACCUCCGGGGCGCCUUGUGGGGUCGGGGUCGGAGACGUCUUCCUCGGGCCCGGAAUCCGCCCGAGAAGACUCUGGACCGGCGGGGUCCAAGCGGACCGAGGACGGGCGGACAGCGUCGCCAACGAACGUGGAGUCCGCUGGCCAGACGAAGGAAGUGGGCAGGACAGAGGGAUCGGGCUCCGAUGGCUACGGUGCCGGACUUCCCCAAAUUUCAAACCGCUGCGACCGGAUGCCGCAGUCCUUUGCGACAGAUGGUGACUGUGGACCGUUGAAUGAACUCCGUGACAUCGUGUGACGUCACUCUGCGAAGGCAGAUGCCGAUGUAAAAAGUGUAGAUCUUUUAUGGAAAAAUAAACUUUUUUGAAACGCGGGGUUUUGGGUCUGAAA